AUGAUCGUCGGCGGUGUCCUAGGCCAAGUCGACAGUACACUCACACACCUCUUGCAUUCCACUCGUCGUUUGUCUUGCGGAAGAGUCCUCGACCUUGACACUUCAGGGAACACUGUACUGUUACGGAUCACUGGCAGACCACUUUCUGGACAAGAUGGCGACAAAGCUGGCUCAGAAACGACUUCAGAAGGAGUUCCAGGCGAUGGAGAAGUCUCCUCCUCCGUUCAUCUACGCCAGGUUCGAGGAAAAGAACAUUUUAGACUGGCACUUUAUCCUUCGUGGGCCUCCGGAUUCUCCUUAUACCGGGGGCGAAUACCACGGCGUCAUCAACUUCCCUAGCGACUACCCGUUCAAGCCUCCUGACAUCAAGUUCUUUACUCCCUCUGGGCGAUUCGCACCGAACCAGAAGAUUUGCAUGAGCAUGACGAGCUAUCAUCCUUCUACCUGGAAUGCUGCCUGGUCCGUUGCAACGAUCUUGACUGGUUUGUUGUCCUUCAUGUUGUCUGAUGAAAUCACGACGGGUUCCGUCAAGACGAGUGUGGAUGAAAAGAAGGCGCUGGCCAAGGUGUCUCAUGCCCACAACAUCCAGAACAAAAAGUUCAGAGACCUUUUCCCAGAGUACUCUGGCCCGGAAAUGAAAGACGUGCCCGACAUGGGUCAGGCUGACAAGCCGCCCGCAACUUCUCCCGUAACCAGCCAGUCUUCAGACUCAGCGCCGAAUGGUAUAGCUGAUCCCCGGCCGACAACAGGAGAAGUGACGACAUCCAGCAACAUGAUACCACGAACAGCUGUCGGAGUCGAUCCGUCGGGGUCGGCAGCAAUAGUCCCACAAGGGCGAGGAUGGCAGUUCCUGAAUCUCAGAUGGUGGGCCGUCGCGGCCUUUUUAGCAUUUGUCCUCUCACGGCUAUCCACUCUGGGAAGUGCCUAGACCCGUCUCUGUUUGUGCGUUUGACAUCGUGUCGUUGUAAAAGCUUAUAACUACGAAAGUGUUUGAUAUCAUGGUUACGUGUACAC